AUGUCUCAGGCCGCCGGCGGCAAGAAGGGAGGCAAGGGCCCCCCUAAGAAAAAUGUGGACGAGGACAAAAACCCGCCGGCUAAGGCCGCGGAUGAGGCUAAAGAUGAGACUUCUUCUAACAAUGGUGAUAAAAAGGAGGUUAAGGAGAGCAACGGGACGGAGAAUGUGGCGAAGCCUCCGAGUGCGGGGAUCAACAUCAGGGAGGUGGCUGCGAAGAUCCUCAUGUUGGCGCAGAAGGGGGAAUGGCCGGCAGUGGAGCAGACGCUCAAGGUCCUGGAGAAGCUGGUGGCGGCUGGUGGCGAGGAUGCCGUCUCCGUACCCAUGGCGGGGAUCCUGGAUCCGACGACAGGCAUGACACCGCUGAUGUACGCGGUGAAGGACAACCGCACAUCUUUUGUGGAGCGGCUCAUUGAACUCGGAUCCGAUGUUGGCGCUAGGAAUAAUGACAACUACAAUGUACUUCACAUAUCAGCAAUGUACUCGAGAGAGGACAUCGUCAAGCUACUGCUGUCCAAGAGAGGUGUCGACCCAUUUGCCACCGGAGGGAGCCGGCAGCAAACAGCUGUGCACCUGGUGGCCAGCAGACAAACUGGAACUGCCACCAGCAUACUGAGAGCCUUGCUCACGGCAGCUGGGAAGGAUAUCAGACUUAGAGUUGAUGGGAGGGGGAAGAUCCCGCUGCUGCUGGCAGUCGAGGCCGGCAACCAGAGCAUGGUGCGCGAGCUGCUCAGCGCGCAGACCGCCGAACAGCUCAAGGCGUCGACCCCCGCGGGGGACACAGCAUUGCACCUCGCGGCGAGGCGGCGGGACGUGGACAUGGCGCGGAUACUGGUGGACUAUGGCGCCGCCGUGGAUGCCGUCAACGGAGCCGGACAGACACCCCUCCAUAUCGCGGCCGCGGAAGGAGAUGAGCCGCUGGUGAAGUACUUCUAUGGAGUUCGAGCGAAUGCUGCUAUUGCUGAUAAUGAAGACCGGACUCCAAUGCACUUAGCAGCAGAAAACGGGCACGCAGCCAUCAUCGAGCUUCUAGCUGACAAGUUCAAGGCCUCGAUCUUCGAGAGAACGAAGGAUGGCAGCACUCUCAUGCACAUAGCGUCCCUCAACGGCCAUGCUGAUUGUGCCAUGAUGCUGUUCAAGAAAGGGGUGUACCUGCAUAUGCCUAAUAAGGAUGGAGCUCGCAGUAUCCACACGGCAGCUCGGUACGGUCACGUCGGGAUCAUCAACACGCUGCUGCAGAAAGGAGAGAGCGUUGACGUCACAACUAACGACAAUUACACAGCGUUACACAUAGCCGUGGAGUCUUGUAAGCCAGCUGUGGUGGAGACUCUGCUGGGGUACGGCGCUGAUGUCCACGUGAGGGGCGGCAAGCAGAGGGAGACUGCCUUGCAUAUAGCUGCUAGGAUACCUGAUGGUGACAAAUGCGCGCUGAUGCUGCUUAAAUCCGGAGCUGGACCAAACAAAGCGACAGAAGACGGACAGACUCCAGUCCACGUGGCUGCCAAGUAUGGCAACCUCGCUACCCUGGUACUACUUCUCGAAGAUGGAGGGGAUCCAUUGAGGAAGACCAAGAGUGGAGAAACCCCUUUACAUAUGGCGUGCCGAAGCUGCAAACCAGAUGUAGUGCGACAUUUGAUAGAAUUCGUUAAAGAUCAUAAAGGGGAAGCUGUAGCUACAACAUACAUAGAUUCAGUAGACGAAGAUGGCGCCAGUGCACUGCACUUUGCUUGCAAAAUUACUAAAGAAGAAGUCAAAAUACCAACAGCUGACCGACAAGUCGUCAAAUGUCUAAUAGAAAAUGGCGCAGAUGUUACAUUAAUAACGAAACAUAAUUAUGAAACUGCAUUCCACUUUUGUGCGAUCGCUGGCAACAAUGACGUCAUGACAGAGAUGAUCGCACACAUAUCUCCAGCUGAUGUUAGCAGAGCACUGAACAAACAGAACUCAAUAGGCUGGACCCCUUUACUAAUAGCCUGUCAUAGAGGACAUAUGGAACUUGUCAAUACACUACUAACAAACCAUGCGAGAGUAGAUGUAUUUGAUACUGAAGGCAGAUCAGCCCUUCAUCUGGCUGCCGAACAUGGAUUUCUACAAGUUUGUGAUGCUCUCCUAACUAACAAAGCCUUCAUAAACUCUAAAGCGAGAAACGGUAGAACAGCGCUCCACUUAGCCGCUAUGAAUGGCUACGCACAUCUAGUCAAAUUCUUAAUACGAGAUCACAAUGCCAUGAUCGACGUCCUGACAUUAAAAAAGCAAACUCCUCUACAUUUAGCAUCGGCAAGCGGUCAAAUUGAAGUGUGUAAACUUUUACUAGAACUUGGAGCUAACAUUGAUGCGACCGACGAAUUAGGACAGAAACCCAUUCACGCAGCCGCUCAAAAUAAUUACAACGAAGUGGUACAACUUUUUUUACAACAACAUCCGAAUUUAGUAAUGGCCACAACUAAAGAUGGGAACACUUGUGCUCAUAUAGCGGCCAUUCAGGGUUCAGUGAAAGUGAUUGAAGAACUCAUGAAGUUUGAUAGAACUGGUGUCAUAUCUGCUAGGAACAAGUUGAAUGAUUCAACACCAUUACAAUUAGCUGCUGAAGGAGGUCAUGCAGAUGUUGUAAGAGUAUUGGUAAGGGCAGGAGCGUCUUGCACUGAUGAGAACAGAACAGGUCUUACUGCAGUACAUUUAGCAGCUCAAUACGGACAUACUAAUGUAUUAGAUGUUAUGCGAUCUACAAAUACGUUGAGGAUAUCAAGCAAGAAAUUGGGAUUGACGCCAUUACACAUAGCUGCUUAUUAUGGACAAGCUGAAACUGUGCGAGAACUCCUAUCCCACGUACCAGGAACUGUAAAGUCAGAAGCUCCAACGGGGGUUUCACUAGUUCCAGAGUUAGGUGCUGAAUCUGGAUUAACUCCACUACAUUUAGCCGCUUAUAAUGGUAACGAAAAUGUCGUGCGAUUACUGCUUAACUCUGCUGGAGUACAAGUGGACGCCGCUAGUAAUGAAAAUGGGUUCAAUCCGCUACAUCUUGCAUGCUUCGGAGGUCACAUGUCUAUUGUAGGACUGCUCCUAAGUAGAUCAGCAGAAUUGCUUCAAAGUACAGACAGACACGGAAAGACUGGGUUACAUAUAGCGUCGACGCAUGGGCACUAUCAAAUGGUGGAAGUGUUACUCGGUCAAGGAGCCGAAAUAAACGCGACGGAUAAAAACGGCUGGACCCCACUACAUUGUGCUGCGAAAGCCGGACAUCUAAACGUGGUUAAACUUCUAUGCGAAUCAGGAGCUUCGCCGAAAAGCGAAACUAACCUAAAUUGUGCUCCAAUUUGGUUCGCUGCUUCAGAAAACCACAACGAUGUGUUAGAGUACUUACUACAUAAAGAACACGAUACGCAAUCCCUUAUGGAUGAUAAACGGUUCGUGUAUAACCUUAUGGUGUGCUCUAAGAACCAUAACAACAUACCCAUUGAAGAGUUCGUGUUGGUGUCGCCGGCGCCUGUUGACACUGCCGCUAAGCUGUCUAAUAUUUACAUUAUUCUUUCCACUAAGGAAAAGGAGCGUGCCAAAGACCUUAUAGCGGCCGGCAAGCAAUGCGAGGCGAUGGCCACCGAACUGUUAGCGCUAGCCGCCGGCGCCGAGUCCGCUGGACACAUCCUCACUGCCACCGACAACAGAAACAUUGAGUUCCUCGACGUGCUCAUAGAGAACGAACAGAAGGAGGUCAUCGCGCACACCGUCGUACAGAGAUAUCUUCAGGAACUCUGGAGGGGCAGCCUCAAAUGGACCGGCAUUAAAAUUAUGUUCCUUUUUUUCGCGUUCAUAGUAUGUCCACCCGUAUGGGUGGUGUUCUCUCUUCCAUUAGGCCAUAGAUAUAAUAAGAUUCCAAUAAUUAAGUUCAUGUCGUAUUUAACUUCACACAUUUACCUGAUGGUAUUGUUAGCCUUAGUAGCCAUAACGCCUAUUUAUAAUUCGAUAUUUAGGGAUAGCUUAAUACCGAGGUGGUAUGAGUGGAUGCUGCUCAUUUGUCUGAGCGGCCUCCUUCUGUUUGAGCUGACGAACCCCAGCGACAAGUCUGGGCUCGGCUGGAUCAAAAUAGCAGUAUUAUUGUGCGGCAUGAUCGGCGUGGCCACUCACGUCGUCGGCUGGAUAUUCGUAUUACCUAAGUAUUGGCCAACGCUUAUGUAUUGUAGGAACCAAUGUUUUGCCUUAUCAUUUCUAUUAGCGUGCGUUCAAAUAUUAGAUUUCUUAUCCUUCCACCACCUAUUCGGUCCGUGGGCUAUUAUCAUUGGAGAUCUCAUGAAGGAUCUGGGCAGGUUCCUCGCUGUGCUAGCGAUAUUUGUGUUCGGCUUCUCGAUGCACAUAGUUGCGUUGAACCAGCCCUUCAGGAAUAUCAUCAAAGCGGAAGACAAUAAGUAUGCAAGACAACAGAGGAAGAAGCUGUUCUCCGACGUUACUAUGAACCCACUGUAUUCGUUCGAGCUGCUGUUCUUCGCGGUGUUCGGCCAGACGACCACGGACCAGACGCGGGUGCACCGUAACGAUAGUAACAUACAGCCGGCUUGGACCAAUUACCUGUUUAAAAUUGUGUUCGGGAUCUACAUGCUGGUGUCGGUGGUGGUACUCAUCAAUCUGCUCAUCGCUAUGAUGUCAGACACGUACCAGAGGAUACAGGCGCAAUCAGACAUUGAGUGGAAAUACGGAUUGUCGAAAUUGAUCCGCAACAUGCAUCGCACGAGCACCGCGCCGUCGCCACUGAACCUCGUGACUACGUGGCUAAUGUGGCUCAUACACAGGUGUAAGGAACGAUUAAGCAAAAAGAAGCGACCAAGCUUGGUGCAUAUGAUCGGUUUGCAGAGACAAGACCAAAUGAGCGCGCGGUCCAAAGCUGGAGCGAAGUGGCUGUCCAAGGUCAAGAGGGGACAGGUUGUGCCUAAGGACUCAACGCGUCUGUCGGUGGUACACCUCAGUCCUCUAGGCUCACAGCUGAGCUUCAGCAACGCCACGAAGAUAGAAAACGUGGUGGACUGGGAGGUCAUCGCCAAGAAGUACCGCGCCCUCAUGAGGGACGAACCAGAGGAACCGGCUAAUAAGGAAAACGAGGAGGACUCGGCUGAUAACGUAUCAGAGGUCAUCCCUAACAAUAUAUCAGCUGCCCCGCCUUGAACGCACAGACUUUUGCAGUGUUGAAAUUAUGGAAUCAGGCAUUACUUAGCAGAAAUGCGGAACAUGAAUCUCUCGUAACAUUGCAUUGGUCUCUUUUAUGCAUAUGCAUGAGGGUGAGUGGGACCUUUGCUGUAUGUGCAUAUGCAUGAGUAUAGGACUACAUUCUCCAUCCAAUUCUCGAUUUAUUGUCCCGCGGAAUUAACGCUAAAUAUUUUUCCUAACAUUUUACCUGUGUAUAAAUGUAAUAUAUUUGAAUGAAGUCUUCUCCCGCCAAACGGCGGUUAGAUCUAGUCACGUUCCAUUUACUCGGUUUUGACGAGAUUUUUUGUAAAUAUAUCGAUUGUUUGUUAUUGAAAUUACUUGAGAAUGUUAAUCAUACGAAUUGAGAAUAUAAUAUAAGCAAUAUUAUGGAUAACUUAUUGAGCAAAAAUCAAGAGCAAAUAUUCAAACUUAGAUACUCUGAAUGAAAUUGUUCUCGGUAUUUGUAGCUGGACUAACAGAAUUUGUAAGAGAGGCAGGACCAAAAUAAUUUUGGUACUCAUUAUUUUAGUUCUUCGGAUACACGUCCACAAAAUUGUUUGUAUCUAUUUGAAGAUUUUUUAAAUAUCAAUAUAAAUAUUCGAUACACAAUAACCAUAGUUAUAUUAUUUUCUCUCUCUGAAAUUCAGUUUCAUCAUUGAUCAGUAAAAUUACCUACUUAAGUGUGAAGGUCCUAAGUGGAUAUUUCUUGCCGUAGAACCUACUUUUAUAGUUAUAAGUACCAUUGUACAGCUACAUAUAGUUUUCAUAAUAACAAUAGAUACAUAAGUUAAGCAAUACUUAAUUUUAAACUUUGUAGAAAUAUAGAAUAAGAACAGCGAUGUUAUUUUUUCAGUUUAGUGGUUGUUUAAUAAUAAGGCUAUUUAUUACUACUAAUAUUUUUAUAAAUAAACGUGUUGUGUAUUUGUGUAACGGUAUUGUUUUAAAAUAAAAUCAGUGCAGU